AGCAGCUGGAGUGCGGGCCUGUCCUGAUGCAUUAAUCACUAGCAGACACAAAAUAUACUAGUGGCAAAGUUAAUUGGAUGCUGUUGAGUAAAUAACAUCGACAUUCCCUGGCAAACAUGGCUAUAGAGAAAUUGCAUCUUGAGGAUGCGUUGGAAGAUAGUCCACAGACCCGUAGUCUGCUAUCAGUGUUUGAGAAAGAUGCUAUGGCCCUAAAGAAAUACACAACAGGUCUACACAACUGCUGUCAAAGAAUCAUGAAAGCUCAGAAUGAAUUGUGUGCAGCCACGCAAUCAUUAUCACAACACCUGAGGGAUUUUGAAAUACAGAAAUUCCCAUUAGAAUCUGAUGACAGUGUAUUAAGUUCUACCCUGAAACAAUUCUCUAGUUAUCUAGAUGAUGUGAGCUCUAUACAACAGGUUCUUUCUGCACAGUUCUCAGAGACAAUGAUGUACCCUUUGUCUAGAUUUUUACAGGCAGAUUUAGAAGAAGUAACAACGCUAUGUGAGAUGUUCCAAUUAGCAAGUAAUGAACAUGACAGUGCCAUGAGUCGGUACAUGAGAUUACCUAAGAAGAAGGAUAGCGAGAGACACAGACAAGAAUGCGGAGAAGAACUCUACCUCAUGAGGAAGAAAUUUCAUCAGACAUCUUUGCACUACUACUCCAGUCUGAAUGCUCUACAGUACAAGAGGAAGUGCUCUCUACUGGAGCCCAUUAUGGGCUACCUUCAUGCCCAGAGAGCCUUCUUCCAAAUGGGCCAAGAUGCAGUGGGCAAGAAAGAGAUUGAAGACUUUCUGAAUAAUAUCUCCACCAGUGUACAGGGAGUUCAGCAAGAGAUGAAGACAGAGACCAAGAAGACAGUGGAACUGAUUGACACACUAGAACAACAGAGUGCUCACCUGUAUCACGCGGAACCCAUGGUGGACAUGCCAUAUAUCCCUCCCAACACUAAUCUGACUCAGAAGGCAGGCUACCUGUUUGUGAGGAGAGGGAAACACAUACAAAUGCCUGGCCCCAUUGGCAAGCAGCUGAUAGCUACAAAGUGGGAGCGCUGUUUCUUCUUCACAGUGGGCGGUAACUUGAUGAGUCAAUCAAGAGACCAGUUAGCUGGGAGCUUGGUUCUGGAUUUAAAUGAACCUGGUGUGUUAGCAGAACCUCAUGAGUCAGAUGAUAGACGUUUUAUUUUCCAAGUCGUAUCACCAAAAACUAAAAGAAAUAUAGUUUUACAAGCUGAAAAUGAAAGAGAAAAGGAUGAGUGGAUCUGCACACUUAAUAACAUAGUGAGGGAAAGUGGAUAUGUAAAAGACAAAAAUCCACAAGUCAAACCAAAGGAGAGGACUUCAAGCACUAGCAGUGCAUCAAAACAAGGUUCUAUCAGUCCUGACCAGUCAAGUUCAAGCAGCAUGACCAGUACUGGGGCGGUCCCUAAAACCCCCGCCCCCACCCCCUCCAGCUCGUUUGUGGCUGAUGCUCCCAUUCAGUUUGAUCUGUUAUCUCCCAACAGCCAGAACGGUGGAGUCACAUCCAGUCUGCCAGGCCCACCAAAGAGGAUCAACCCCUUUGAUCAGUCAGCCAAUGAAGUGUUGGAUUCACUGGAUUCAGCCAUUGACAAUGCAACUUUUGUGGAGAGUUUUGUUGUUAGAUUUUUGGGGUCAAUGGAGGUUCCCACUGAUAGAGGAGAGAGGCUAGUACAGGAAACAAUGCGACAAAUCAUGGCAGCUCGGGCAAUACAUAAUGUAUUUAAAAUGACAGAAUCUAGGCUGGUAGUAUCCAGUGAAUGUAUGAGAUUGAUAGAUCCUUCAAACAAUACAGUAAGGACCCAGUUUGCAUUGGCAGACAUUUCGUUUUGGGCAGCACAUCCAGAAAACACAAGAUUGUUUGCCUUCAUCACUCGGACGAAGCCCCCCGGAGCCACCCAGUCCACAUUCUCUUGCCAUGUAUUUGAGUGCAACAUUUCUGCAGAUGAGAUUUGUCUAGCUAUAGGGACAGCAACAAAACUUGCAUUUCAAGCAUUAAUGCAACGUAAGUUACCUCCAGGUGUAGGGAAGGAAAAGAAAGUGAUGGAGAAGAUUCAGCACGUGAAGACAAGGGAGAAGAACAUCCUGUUACAGAACAUCCAGCAGCUGGAAGACGCUCCUGAAGGGGAGGAAGACAAUCUUCAUAACCUCCCUCUGUCUCCUGAUGGAAAAUAUCUGGUGCUUACUGCUACUGACGAAUCAGAAGACUUGGCUGAGUCAGGUGACUUGGCUCAACCAAUGGAAAACCUAACUGUUCAAUCUAUGCAGCAACCAAUCAGUGAGGACUUGGACAUUGAAGAAGAGCCUGAGUCGGAAGCUUAAUGUUAAUGCUUAUGCAAUAGAAACUGUUAUAUGGUAUAUAGUUGUUUGUUUUUAUAAGGUGGCUCAUUUUUGUGGUCUAUUGCAUUUAUGUUAUAGUAACGCAUUUUGGUUUACCAGUUGGUUGAGAAACGUGAAGUAAAUAGUCUGCAUGAUUCUCAGUUACAAAUGAAACAUGACACCUUGAAAUUUUGACUCUACAGCAUUUUCAACCAUUAAACUUGUUAAAUUUUUGAACAAGUAUAAAAUCUAGAAACCUUGAAGUGUGUGUGGGGGAUAUUUUGUGAUGGCAUUGCUGUUUUUACCUGUGCUGGGAUGUGUGUAUGAAUAAUUACCUUUACAGAUUGACUGAUUAAAGAAAUGAACUUUGCUUGGGAGUUUUGGGCAAUCAGGAAUGGCAGUAUGCUUGGUGGAAUAUUUUAAAGUACACAUUGUUUUAUCAUGGACAAGUACAUUAUUUAAUGAUGUAAAAUACAAUAGAACUUUUUCAUGAUUAAUGAGUACAGGUUUCUUUUUUCCCAUUGGUUGAUAAUUACAAAAUGUUUGGUUUAUACAGUGGAAAUCUAAAUUAAUUAUUAGAUUCUUCCUGGCUGGUAUUGCUCAGAUUUAGAUAAGAAUGGUUGUUGUUAGGCUUUGUUUGGUAAGCUAGGGGUAGAUCUUACGAAGUUUGUGUUUAGAAUUGAAUUGCUUGCAAAGUAGCUUCAAAAUUUGAAUUUGUUAUUCCUACAUUUCUUCAUGCAUAGAUUGUAAAUGUAACGGUGCAUUUUCUAUGAUGCACUGUAUGCUUACAUAUGUAGUUUAUCAUUAUUAAGUAUUAGGAGGUUGUUAAUCUCCUAUAUUUAUUGAGUGCCAUGGAGAAAAUCAUUUUGAAGUACACGUUAUUCACUCAUCUAGAAAAUUUUUUUUUAAAAAAAGGUCAUUGUUAAUCAAGUCUUUGUAAAGGACUAUCAAAGGGAAGUUCAAUUUCAACUUUUAUAAAAAUAACAAAAAGUUGAUUUUUAUAUAGUGCUUCUCUAUGUUACUGAAGUGUUGGAUACUGUACAUCACUACAUAUUCACCAAGCCUUAUUUUCGUGAGAUUGCCAUCAACGCUUUAUUAGCGAGACAAAAUUUUCACGAAUUGCGGUUUUUGCCCUAUACAAUCUUAAGGAAUGCUAUUAUACGCGAGAAUGAAAUUUUUGUGAGUAAACUUGUCUCGCAUAAUUAAUACGCGAAAAUAAAGUUCUCACAAAUAAAAAGUGAUUUAGAGUUGAUGACAUUUAUUUUGCAAUGCAAGGUUUUCAGAACUUGCUGGUUUUACAUUUGUUAAAGAUUAAAAUUUUGUGCUUAUACGUAAAAGGUUAUCUUUUUUUAUCAUGUUUGCAUGUAGAAUGCAUCAAAACGUUUGUAAAUCAACUAAUAUCAUAUUUGCUUGAUUGUGCCAAUUUUCAAUACUGUAUACAGGGAAAUUUUCGCCCCCGUUUUAUUUUCGCCCCUUUCGCCCUCUCCUUGAUUAGGCGAAUUUUAAACGGGGCGAAUUCAAAUUACACCUCAUGAUUUCUUAAACAGAACUAUGAUUGGGCUAAUUUAAAACGGGGCAAAUUUGUUCACAAGUUCAAGAGGGCGAAAAUAACCCUGUGUACAGUAUCUAUUUCAUAGUUCCAAUGCCUGAAACUAAACCAAGGGAAAAUGCUUUCUGUAAUUAAUAGAAGAAUAAGACAGAUUUACAAGUUGAGUACAAAUCUUUUUGACAGAAGUAAGAAACUAAUAUUUUCAAGAAAUAUGUUUUUGAUAACACAAUAUUUAGUUCUAGACGCACAAUAAUAGAAUUGUCCUAAAUGUAAUAGAAAACACACAAGUUUUUGGUUAUCAACGUGUUGUCUGACCUCAUAUUGCAGUCAUUUUUUUUCUCAAGAGAUGGAAAAGAGCUUGAUACCACUAGUAUAUUUACAUCAUUCAUCUAGCUGUUGUUAUAAUUUAAAAGUGUUUGUAAUCAAAUGGAUUAUUAUUAUAAAAUAUUAUGAAAACUAUGCAAACUUCAUGUGAAUGUUAUAGCAUUCUUAUUUAUUGCUUCAUGGUAAUUAGACUCAAUCUAAUUGUUGAAGUUCUAAAUUCUUCUCCCAACCCUUUACAUGUUGUACAAUUUUUUUCCUUCUAUAUUUUGUUGCUUCAUUCUGCAGUGUGCCUUUAAAAUCAAUAUCCUUAACCAUAUUUUUAAAACAAAAUUAUCAGCACUUACAACACAUAAUACUUUAGGUAUUUACUUUUUCUUUAAAAUAAUUUGAUUGGUAUAGAACAUUUCUAAGCUGAAGUAAACUGGAUUUUUAUUUCACUCUCCUUGUGUUUUGAAGGUCUCUUUUCCAGAGAGGAGUUAUUUGAAUAAUGAAGGGAUACACUGUUUGUUUCAUUUCACCUGUGAUAUGUAAAUACAUGAAUUUGUUGUGUCUGAGUAUAUUUAUUGAUGACUGUCAUUUUUAUCUGCCCAUCAUGAGUAGACAAAAUAAAAUUGAAACAUU